AUGCUUGCCAAUGCUGCCAUAAUGAGGAUCCUCAUCAAAGGGGGGAAAGUGGUGAACGAUGACUGCACCCUCGAAGCUGAUGUUUAUAUCGAAAAUGGCAUCAUACAGCAGGUGGGGCGUGAACUCAUGAUUCCUGGCGGGGCCAAAGUCAUAGAUGCCACUGGCAAGCUGGUGAUCCCUGGUGGUAUUGAUACCAGCACCCACUUCCACCAAACCUUCAUGAAUGCAACCUGUGUGGAUGAUUUUUAUCAUGGCACCAAGGCAGCCCUGGUUGGGGGAACCACCAUGGUUAUUGGACAUGUACUUCCAGAUAAAGAAAUUUCCCUGCUAGAUGCUUAUGAGAAAUGUCGCAGCUUGGCUGACCCAAAAGUGUGCUGUGAUUAUGCCCUGCAUAUGGGCAUCACCUGGUGGGCACCUAAGGUAAAAUCAGAAAUGGAAACUUUGGUUCGAGAGAAGGGUGUCAACUCGUUCCAGAUGUUUAUGACAUACAAAGACUUGUACAUGCUCCGGGACAGUGAGCUCUAUCAGGUGUUCCGUGCUUGCAAAGAUAUUGGCGCUAUUGCACGUGUUCAUGCUGAGAAUGGCGAGCUAGUGGCUGAGGGGGCUAGAGAAGCUCUGGAUUUGGGCAUCACUGGUCCAGAGGGAAUUGAGAUCAGCCGACCAGAAGAGCUAGAGGCCGAAGCUACACAUCGUGUCAUCACCAUUGCUAAUCGGACUCACUGCCCUGUCUAUCUGGUCAACGUUUCUAGCAUGUCAGCCGGGGAUGUUAUAGCUACAGCCAAAAUGCAAGGGAAGGUUGUGUAUGCAGAAACCACCACAGCACAUACUACGCUAACAGGCUUACACUACUAUCACCAAGACUGGUCCCAUGCAGCAGCCUACGUCACGGUGCCACCUUUGCGGCUAGAUACAAACACUUCCGCCUACCUCAUGAGUUUGCUUGCCAAUGACACUGUGAAUGUUGUGGCCUCUGAUCACUGCCCUUUCACCACUAAACAGAAGGCAAUGGGGAAGGAAGACUUCACUAAGAUCCCCCAUGGAGUCAGUGGGGUACAGGACCGUAUGGCUGUCAUCUGGGAACGUGGAGUGGUAGGGGGCAAGAUGGAUGAGAACCGUUUUGUUGCAAUCACCAGCUCUAAUGCUGCCAAGAUCUACAACCUGUACCCUCGCAAGGGCCGCAUCAUUCCUGGAGCCGAUGCAGACGUAGUUGUGUGGGACCCUGAGGCCACCAAGACCAUCUCAGCCAGUACCCAAGUCCAGGGUGGUGAUGUGAACCUGUAUGAGAACAUGCGCUGCCAUGGGGUACCACUGGUUACUAUAAGCCACGGGCGUGUCGUCUACGAGAAUGGAGUCUUUAUGUGUGCUGAAGGCACCGGGAAGUUCUGCCCUCUCCGCUCCUUUCCAGACUCUGUGUACAAGAAACUGGUACAGCGAGAAAAGAGCUUAAAGCUUAAAGGCGUGGACCGCACCCCAUAUCUGGGGGACGUAGCCAUGGUUGUGCACGCUGGGAAAAAAGAGACGGGGACACCACUUGCAGACACCCCCACUCGGCCGGCCACAAGACAUGGGGGCAUGAGGGACCUCCACGAGUCCGGCUUCAGCCUUUCCGGUUCUCAAAUCGAUGACCAUGUUCCAAAGCGAGCUUCGGCCCGGAUUCUCGCUCCCCCCGGAGGCAGGUCUAGUGGCAUUUGGUAGCUGCCCUCCAGACUUGUCCCCCAACUAAGGACACCAUCUCCACCCCCACUUGCCUGGCUGCCACCAACACCCUGCAAGCUCAUGGCAGCCACACUUUUCACCGGAGCCACUGACACGGGCAAGCGCUCUGCUGCCUGCACCCAAUGCCGUGCCCUGCGGAGCCACCUGCUCCCCUCUGGGAAUGAGACAACAGGGCCCUAUCCCUCUCCUCACCCCACAGCUGCACUAAGUG